AUGGGUCUUUUAAUGAGCCGCAAGAGAGCGUACAAUUGGUACAUCUCUUGUGUUGCAGCAUCAUGCAUGGUGCUCUACGGCUACGAUGCAUCUGUCUUCAACUCCGUCCAAGGUUCCAAGAACUGGCUGGCUUGGAUGAACAACCCAAACGCGAACACAAUCGGCUCAAUUAAUACUGCAUACACGGUCGGCGCGAUCUUUGGUGGUUUCUUCCUGGGAGGACCCUGUGCAGAUUUCCUAGGCCGCAAGCUUGGAAUGGGCAUUGGCUGUCUUUUGGUCAUUGUUGCUACCUUCAUGCAAACCUUCACUCCACGACACAAUCUUGCUUGCUUCCUUGCGGGUAGAUGUAUUAUCGGUAUCGGUCAGGGUAUUGCAUUGACUGCUGGCCCUAUCUACAUUGGUGAACUGGCUCCGCCAGAGAUCCGUGGUAAGAUCAUGACUUUCUGGCAGAUGUUCUACUCUGUUGGAUCGUUCAUCUGUUUCUGGAUCAACUUUGCCUGCACCAAGAAUGUUCCCAAGCUUGGUGAGUGGGAUUGGAAGUUGGUUGUCAUUUUCCAGCUUUUGGUCCCUACAAUGAUCCUUGCCCUCCUGCCGACCAUCCCCGGCAGCCCUCGUUGGUAUAUCCAGAGAGGCAACAAUAUCGAGAGGGCUCGUGAAGCCCUGCAAAGAGUUCGUGAUACCGAGGAGGAAGUCGAGAAAGAGCUGCUGGAGAUCCGCGAGGCCAUCGAAUACGAGAAGGAAGCCAUCUCUGGCAAUUACUCUGCUCUCUGGAAGGACAAGUCUCUCCGCAAGCGUAUGGCUCUGGCUCUGGUUCUCAAUGCCGGUCAACAGGUCACCGGACAAGGCUCGCUCAACUCAUACUCUACCAAGAUCUACCAGAAGGUGUUUACCAGCGACAGCAAGAUUGCCCUGAUCAACGCUCUGAACGCCACCUUUGGAAUUCUCUUCACCCUGAACGCCGUCUGGAUUAUUGAUCGUUUCGGAAGAAAGUUCCUCUUGAUUGUCGGUGGUAUCGGUAUGGGUCUCUGCAUGAUUAUCGUCGCUGCCGUCGAAACAGAAACACCACAGCUCCCCAACGGAGCCAAGUCAGAACCUGUCGGUAUAUCGAUUGUGUUCCUUAUGUUCUUGUUCAUCUUCUUCUGUAAGUCAUCUACUCACUAUUCCCCCGUUAAUGAAACUCCACUAACAUUAUUUCCCAGACAAACCAUCUUGGGGCGCAACGGUAUGGAUUUGGACGUCCGAGAUUUUCUCAAUGAAUGUCCGUGCCCAGGCUGUGGGCAUGGCGUCGCAGACGCAGAACAUCGCCAAUGCCAUCGUCCAGCAAUUCUUUCCCUUUUCCUCGCUAACGAGGGCUUUUACGCUUUCUAUAUGUUUGCCGGUAUCAACUUCCUACUCGCAGUCUUUGUUUGGUUCCUCGUUCCAGAAACCAAGCAGGUUCCCCUUGAGGAGAUCGAUAUUCUGUUUGGUGGUGCCAACCACGUUGCCCAGGGAGAGGAGGUGCUGGCACACCACAAGGGGGCUCAGAUGAACCAAGAAGAAAAUGAGAAGCCUGGUGCUGUUAAUGUGGAGCAUGCUCGGAACUAG